AUGUUAACUGGGAGGUAUCCAUGGGAUUUCACACCGGGCACCGUAUUUGACGUUCGGGACCUGUUAACUGCCCUGCUUGCUUCAAGAAUUCCUGCCAUUCCUGGUUGGUUAUCAAAAGAGGUUAAAGAUUUCUUGCAAUGUUGCUUUAUGUGGAACACUUCAGAGAGGUUUACUGCUGCCAUGCUCUUGAACCACCCAUUUGUGACUAAACUGGAUAAUGGGGUUAGAGAGGUUAAACCAAUUGAGCAAGUGUCUUCUGCAGUGGCUUCCUCUGUUCUGGAUUGUCCUAGCUUCAUACCCCUUGGAAGUUGGAAGUCUGAAGAUGCAGAGGAGAUGGCUCAAGAAAAUGAUGGUUUUUCUGAGCAGGAGAUUCUUCCUCUGAAGCUCAUGUCAAGGCAUGUGGUUCCAAGCCCAAAACCAUCAACUUUUGCUAUAAUGGGUGCAGCUUAG